CCGUCUCCAUCACAGAUUCCGAGAGCUCCCAAGGUCGCGCCGCGGCUCCCCUCUCCCCCACCGCAUCCCGCCGCCGCCGGUCGACAUGGGGUUCGUGUCCUUCGCCGGGAGGGUCCUCUUCGCCUCCGUCUUCCUCCUCUCCGCCUACCAGGAGUUCACUGAAUUUGGAAGCGAUGGCGGGCCCGCUGCAAAGAAUCUUCAGCCUAAGUUUAAAAGUUUCACCAAAAAUAUCUCUGUACACCUAGGAGUUGUGGUGCCUCAUGUAGAGUUGAAGCAUGUGAUUGCUGCUACCAUUGGUCUGAAGGGUCUGGGAGGUCUCCUGUUUAUCCUCAGCAGUUCAUUUGGCGCUUAUCUCCUGGCCCUUUACCUUGCUUUCAUCACCCCUGUCAUGUACGACUUCUAUAAUUACGACAUGGAGAAGGCUGAAUUUGUGCAGAUCUUCAUGAAGUUCACACAGAACCUGGCGCUGUUCGGAGCCCUUCUCUUCUUCCUGGGCAUGAAGAACUCGGUCCCCAAGAGGCAGGCCAAGAAGAAGGCUCCCAAGUCCAAGACAACUUAGAGCAUCUCUCUAAGCCAAGAUAGUUGUGGCCGUAGGUGCUUUACGGAGAAGGCGGUCUUAUUUAACAAAGCUACCGUACCUGGUUCUCUUAUAUGUGUAUCGGAUCCGUUUUUGAAGGGGUGCAGGCCUUACGAGGUGUGGGUGGCGGUUUAGGGGACUAGAUUGUGUAUCAUUAUUAUGUGCUACUUCCGAUUUGAUUGUUGUAGGCUGCCAAGGGCUAAAGAUUGUUAUCCCAUUUGUUUAUUUUGCAACCAAUAUUGCUACUGAUGGAAAGGAAAUUACCAAGGUCA